AAAAUGCUCCCGAUCGAUCGCUCUUCGCUCCCAACGGAUCAGCAAAGCCACGGGAAAGCGCUGCAACGUGAUCAUUGAAGAGCGUUGCUAGAAACCCUAGCUAUGGCUGCGCGAUUUAGGGCUCGUCUUCUAGUAUUAUUCUGGAAGAACCCUAAUUUCAGAGAGAGGAACGAAGCUCGAUGGGCGGGAAGCUCUCUUCCAGCGACAGGAGCUCCCGAAAGGAGACGCGCUUGAUCCAUCGCAGCUCUCCACUCAGGUACAUCCGCCGCGCCUCGGAUCUUCUCAGCUUGCCGGAUGUCGGCUUGGGAAUGGAUCGCGGCGAAGCGAGCACGAUCGUCCAGACCGGGGCUUCGUGCUUGCUGAGAAUCUCGACGAAGAUCCUCGACGCGAUCGCCUGCGCGUCUGGAGUGGCGAUCGAUCCACUGGCGGUCUCGGCGAUCAAGACGAUGUUCUCACCUCGGGCUUGGAAUAUUACCGCGCAACCAGGCCGGAGGAGUGGAGAGAAUGAGAAUGCGGUGGAUUCCAGUGAUGAACAAGAAUCCAUGGGAGAUGACUCCAGUGUCGCCGGUGCGAAGGAAGGAAUCGCUGGAUCCAUGGAUUUUGGCCUGGAAUGUCUGCGAUGACAAUGCUGGAUCGUUCACAUAGCCGCUUCCCAUGCUUGGAGAGGAAAUCCACACCUCGCCUUCCUCUCCAUCAGAUCAUCGUGCGCGCUUGAGAUCUUUCCGCUGGGAAGAAGCUCUUGGUACACUGGAAAGUCACAGGAUUUCUUCCAUGCCGUGCACACAAACGUGGAGUUCUCGGCCAGCCCGUAAGAAGGUGCUAUGGAAUCCUUUCUCAGUGCG